AUGGAUUGUUUUGAAAAUGCGAAGAUCACCAAAAUCUGCUGCAUUGGCGCAGGCUACGUGGGCGCUCUGACGAGCGUUGUUAUUGCCAGCAAAUGUCCUCACAUUCGAGUUGCUGUCGUCGAUAUAAAUGAAAGUCGAAUUGCUUCCUGGAACAGCAAUGAGCUGCCUUUAUACGAGAUGCAGUUGAAGGAAAUUCUUGCUAAAUGUCGCGACAAAAAUCUGUUCUUUUCUACAAAUGUCCAAGCUGAAAUUGCCACUUCUGAGCUGAUUUUUAUUUCCUUAAACACACCAACUAAAACGGCAGGCCUCGGUGCAGGCUUAGCAGCUGACACUUCUGCCAUUGAAGGAGCCACUCGAAUGAUUGCCCAAUACUCAAGUUCAAGUAAAAUAGUGGUGGAGAAGAGCACUGUACCGGUGAAAACAGCUGAAACUAUUGUUGACAUACUCAAAGCUAACAAACCCGAGGUACAGUUUGAAGUGCUCUCUAAUCCAGAGUUCUUAGCUGAAGGGACUGCUAUUGAAGAUUUGCUGAACCCUGAUCGUGUUCUAGUAGGCUCAUUUAAAACGUCAAGUUCAAAGAUAGCUGUUCAAAAGUUGGUUGAGCUGUACCAAAAUUGGGUUCCUUCUGAGAAGAUAAUUCAGAUGAAUGUCUGGUCUUCGGAAUUGGCAAAGCUUGCCGCAAAUGCUUUUUUGGCACAGAGAAUCAGCUCCAUCAAUUCACUGUCAGCCAUCUGUGAGAAGACUGGUGCUGAAAUUGGCCAAAUUUCACAUGCAAUAGGCCUAGAUUCGAGAAUCGGUCCCCAUUUUCUCAAUGCGAGCCUGGGAUUUGGCGGAAGUUGUUUUCAGAAAGACCUACUCAGUUUGGUAUACUUAGCCAAAAGUUUGAAUUUGCCUGAAGUAGCCAACUACUGGCACCAAGUUGUGCUCAUGAACGAGUACCAAAAACGACGAUUUUCUGAGCAAAUUGUAAAACGACUCUAUGGAGCCGUCCGCGGUAAGAAGUUGGCCAUUUUUGGAUUUGCCUUCAAAGCAAACACAACUGACACUAGAGAAAGUCCAGCUAAGGACGUGAUCAAGAGUCUGCUCAAAGAAGGCGCUCAAAUUGUGGUCUUUGAUCCAAAUGUGUCAAAAGAUCAAAUCUUUGAAGAACUCUCCUUCUCUAGCAGCUCUACAGUUGAAUUGUCUGUCGCCGAGUGUCCAUAUUCUGCCGCCGCUGAGGCUCAUGCAAUUGUCAUCGCAACUGAGUGGCCACAAUUUCGUUUUCUCGACUACCAGAAGCUGUUCCAGUCAAUGACCAAACCGGCGUUUGUCUUUGACGGCAGAAAAACUGUGGAUGCUGAAAAACUGCAAGUGAUCGGCUUCCAUGUUGUUGUUAUUGGAAAACGAGCAGCAGAAAAUAGUGAUUUUUUAUAA